AUGCUUGUAAGAUAAGUGUUUCCCAAAAGCAACUCGAACAUUUCAGAAAAAUCUUUUAAAUUCUAAGGUAUUCUCAUGCUAACAAAUUGCAUCGUAUUAGAUACUUUUCCUGACUCAAUAUUAUACAUCCUUUGCAUCAAUAAACUAGAAAUUAUUGAGAACUUCGUAUUUGACGGGUGA